AUGAAGACUAUAAAUAAGGACGGUAUCUAUUCUUGGAUCCUGUAUGGCGGAGCGAUAUUGGAAGGCUAUUCUGGCAAUACUUCAAACUCCAAGGGAUUCAACUUUCGAGGAGGAGAUGCACGUAAUACAGAAGGCAUAUGGUUCUGGAACAAACCAUUCAUUAUUCCAGAUCCUACAACUGCUGGAGGCAAAAUGGCUGUAUUAAUUAUGGAUACGCAGGGAAUGUGGGACGGACAAACAGGUCAAGGACUUACAGCAAGUAUAUUCGGUCUAUCCACAUUACUCUCAUCAUAUCAGAUUUAUAACGUAGACCGAAGACUCCAAGAAGAUUUUCUCCAACACUUAGCUCUGUUUACCGAUUACAGGAUUAUGCUAAUUUCCGAAACGAGAAAAUACGGAAGAUUUGAAUGA